AUGGGCACCGUGCUCUCUCUGUCGCCCAGCUACCGGAAGGCGGCGCUGUUUGAUGACGGCCCGGCGACGGUGGGACACUACACCGCGGUGCAGAACAGCAAAAACGCCAAAGAUGCCAAGGACAACACCUCCAACAACGCCGGGAAAUCCUUCAAACGUCCGUCCAUCAUCAGCGUGCUGCCAUGGAAACGCAUCGUGGCGGUGUCGGCGAAAAGGAAGGAAUCGAAAAAGCUGCAGGCGGAGGGCGGAGACAACGGGAAAGGAAACUCUCCGGACGCCACGAUCACCGUGAGUUCGGCGUCUAAUAGCCUGAAGCUGAAGAAAUCCCAGUCGUGCGCGAAUCUGUCCUUGUUUUCCUCCGGCCCGGACGCAACGGCGAGCUCCACCAUCGCCAACGUUAAAGUCAGAGUCGCCCACCUGCCGGUUUCUAAAACCCUCGCCAACGUCAACGUAGCCUCCAGGAAGAGUUCCCACGCCGGGGUCCAGCCCUCCAACGCCACCGGGACGCCGAAACGGGUCAUCGUCCAGGCGUCCACCAGCGAGUUGAUGCGCAGCCUCGGAGAGUUCCUGUGCCGCCGCUGCUACCGUCUGAAGCGCCUGUCUCCGACGGACCCGGUGCUGUGGCUGCGGAGCGUCGACAGGUCUCUGCUCCUCCAGGGCUGGCAGGACCAAGGCUUCAUCACCCCGGCUAACGUGGUCUUCCUCUACAUGCUGUGCCGCGACGUGGUCUCCUCCGAGGUGGUCUCAGAGCGAGAGCUUCAGGCGUCGCUGCUCACCUGCCUCUACCUGUCCUACUCGUACAUGGGUAACGAGAUCUCGUACCCGCUGAAGCCCUUCCUGGUGGAGGCGGAGAGGAAGGAGCUCUUCUGGGACCGAUGCCUGGACAUCAUCGACAGGAUGAGCGGAAAGAUGCUUCAGAUCAACACCGACCCGCACUUCUUCACCCAGGUGUUCUCAGACCUGAAGAACGAGAGCAAGAAGGAGGAGGAGAAGACCAAGCUGCUCAUAGGCCUCGACCGAUAAGAGGAGGAGGGAAGGAGGGAAGUGAGGAGGGAAGGGAGGAUAGAAAGGGUUCAUAUGUUGAGGACUAAUGGUGCGUUCACACCGGACGGAAAGCACAUUUCAAACCUCUUAUUUAUUCAUAAUUUGUUAUCAGGGUUUAUCUCCAUGUAGAUACGAUACGAUAAUACUUUAACGGUCAGAUCAAGUCUGAAAUGCUCCUUGCAUCACAGCAGCUCCAUGUGUAACAUCAACAACAAACAUUUAACAUUUAACAUAACAUCAGGAUCAGUGUUGCUGCUUCGUGCAUGAUGCGUGUGUCCGUGUGUCCGUGUGAGUGUGCGAGCGUGCGAGCGUGUGUCCGUGCG